GCUCGGUGUUAACCGCAGUAGUCACUCCAGAAAAAGGGAAGUAAGAAAAGUACAUAUUGUCAUCCAGAAAUUAAAAUAUUCCAGGGAUUUCUCCUAAAAUUCAUCACUGCAACAAAAAGGAUAUUUAACUAAGAGCAAUGUUAAACUGCUGAAAGAGGUGAAGCACAAGACAUCCUGAAGAAUCUCCAAAACACGCAGAAAUAGUUUGAUACGUUUAACAGAUAAACAAAGCAAAGUCCCGACAUGGAGAAACAUCACCAGCGCAUUCACACAGGAGAUAAACCGUAUAACUGCUCAGACUGUGGGAAGACUUUUACUCAACAGAGUAAUCUCAAAAAACACCAGCGCAUUCACACAGGAGAGAAACCGUAUUACUGCUCAGACUGUGGGAAGAGUUUUAAUCUACAGAGUACUCUCAAAAUACACCAGCGCAUUCACACUGGAGAGAAACCGUAUCACUGCUCAGACUGUGGGAAGAGUUUUAAUCUACAGAGUACUCUCAAAAUACACCAACGCAUUCACACAGGAGAGAAACCGUAUCACUGCUCAGACUGUGGGAAGAGUUUUACUAAACAGAGUACUCUCAAAAUACACCAGCGCAUUCACACUGGAGAGAAACCAUAUCACUGCUCAGACUGUGGGAAUAGUUUUAAUCUACAGAGUACUCUCAAAAUACAUCAGCGCAUUCACACAGGAGAGAAACCGUAUCACUGCUCAGACUGCGGGAAGAGAUUUACUACACAGAGUCAAUUCAAAAUUCACCAACGCACUCACACAGGAGAGAAACCAUAUUACUGCUCAGACUGUGGGAAGAGUUUUAAUCAAGAGGGUCAUCUCAAACGACACCAGCGCAUUCACACAGGAGAGAAACCGUAUCACUGCUCAGACUGUGGGAAGAGUUUUAAUCGACAGAGUAAUCUCCAAAAACACCAGCGCAUUCACACAGGAGUGAAACCAUAUCACUGCUCAGACUGUGGGAAGAGUUUUAAUCAACUGAAUUAUCUUAAAAAUCACCAGCGCAUUCACACAGGAGAGAUAACUGUCCCAGAUGUGUUUCACUGCAAAAAAAAAAGUGCAAAUUCUAAAUCCUAAAUUCCAAAUUCUUUGACAGCCAAAACACCUUAUUCCACUCAGAAUCUUCACUCUGUCACUUGAGACACAUUCCACCAGAAACAAACAAGAGACUGAUAUAAACAAUGGCUUUUACAGAUUCAGCAAAAUGAAUCUUAUCUGGGGAUGUUGUUUAAUGUAUUCCAUUAUAUGUUUUCCCCAGACAUGUAUAAAGAACUAGAGACCCAGACUUAAGUAAAAGUACAAGUAUAUUUCAUUAGUAGUUGAAGUGUUCUUUAAGCAUCAUACUUAAGUACUACUUAUGUAUUGCAAGUAGUUUUUUUCUACAUGUUCUAAUCUAGUACUGUAAUGUGUAGUGAUGUGUUAUGUAGAGAUUACAGAAAAAACUCAACUUUGAAUAUCAUCUUGUUUAUAUUAUUUCAAAUGUUUAGGCUAAAGGACUAUUUUCCUCUGGCUGAAACAACAGCACAAGAACAGGAAUGCACAGGAUAGAGUACAUUUACAUGAAGUCUUAAAUUAACUUUUUGUGUUGAACACACAGCAAACUCAGCCACACUGCCCUCCCUUAAAAAACAUGGACUGUAAAUGAAUUUGAGAAGUGUCUCCAGGGGGAGGUUGAGCAUCAUAUCAGUAGUGAAGUAAAAAUAAUACUCCAGUAGAUACAGGUACAGCAUUUUGGUAGUUAAGUACAGUGGUAAAGUAGUUCUGCUUGUUACUAUAUAUCUCUGCUAACACCAGCAUGAUCUGUUGGGUCUUUUCCAAGAAUAAAUAAAAGUGAUAAUGCUAGUUUACAGUAAAAUCCUUUCUUGGACACUUCACUAAUUUACAGGUUCUGCAUUAGCCUUUAGAACUAAUAAUAUUUAACAUUUAAAGAGCGUGGAUUUCAGAAUUCCAGGACAUUUGUAGUUUAAAAAUUGAGUAUGAUUUGCCAUAAGGAGGAAAGAAUAUUUUGGUAAAUGUAUAUUUCAUCCCCAGCCUUAACAGAUUCUCAUUUGUUUGUAAAUGUAAACCUUUUCAUUUUAUUUUCUCCAAUUCUGUUCAUUUAUUUACCUUGCACAGGUGUAUUGUGUCACCCUGUUUAAUGUUGUUCAAAAGGAGUCUUUGUUUUUGCUGGUUAAAAUAUGAAUGUAUUUUUUGACCUUCGUGGAAUUAUGUGUUUUGUUUUGAUUAAUCAAAUUUAAUCAUUAAGUGUUUUUUUUAGAACAUAUGGUAGAUUUCUGAUUCUGUAAUCCACAUAGUUGAUCAAAGUUCCUUUGGGACAAGCAGUUAGCCAGGUCAAAUUUAAAUUACUAAUGAACCAAUAAAAGUACAUUCAUGUAGGUUUCUCCUCCUACCAGUAAGAAGAUUGGAGCCUCAGCGAAGACAAUGGAGCUUAUCAUAGUCUUUGAAACUAACACCUCACUUUGGUCAUGUCCCAAGUAAUUCAGUCUUUGCGAGGCAGAUAGAGCUGAGUUUUUAGAGUAGUUGUGUGUUCAGUUCGAGUUCGAGCGAGGGCACUGCCAGUGCAUGCUCAAAAUGUUAGAUUAGCAUAACGUAGUCUUUAAAAUUUAGAUGUCAUAGUUCUUAGGAGUAGAAUUCUUAGUUUGCAACUAAACCUUUAGGAAGAAACCUUCAGUACUUAUGAUUAGGAAGUAUUGAAUAAAUAAAUUUAAUAUCUUUUCUAGUAUAUGCAGAUUUAAUCAUUUCCCUUCACUUCUAGUAACUCUGUUGUCGCUCUGUGGAAGCCAUCCUCAAUUCACAAAGUGCAGCAUGGCUUAGCUUAAUGCUAUCAACCGCUAGACCCACCCAUACGAAAAGUGAAGGGGAAAACACCACCUGAGCCACUCCAGAGAGCUCCCAAAAGUGAGACCCAGAGCCACAGAGAGACGACACUGUGCAGGGUACUGUCGUGUAGACCAGAGAGGAGCAUCUAGACCCCACAGAGAGGCCAACAAAAUCCUUUCCAUACGUUAAAUAAAAUACCAGGUACCCGUGGGUUGUUAAAAAGUCCCAAAAUGUCUUUAAUUCAGUUUAACAUAUUCAAGGUCUAAAGAUCUCUUAAAAUAUCUGUGCUAAUCAGAGUGAGCGAAAGAUACACAGUGCGAGCAAGCGAGAGACAGUAUGCAUGUUCCAUAUGUGCUCUCUGUUUCAUUUAUGUGUGUUUCAUUAAAAGUAUCAGAAACAGGCACCAAUUUUUUAAAUGUAUGUAUUUUUUAAUCUUUUGGUACGCAGUAGUACCAAGACAUUUUAGUCGGUACAUUUUUGGUAAUGAAUUUUGAUACCUAGCCCUAAUUCUGAUUUAACAUGAAUUUCACAAUGUCAUAUGAAACACAAACAAUUGUAUUAAAUCAUUUGAGUUAUUAAAACAAUUGGUGUGUGAUUGUUUAUAGUUUAAUUAAUAAAUGACAUAGGAAUGUUUAUUGAAUAAUGUCAAAAGUGUAAGCAGGCGAUUAAUUGCAAGUUUAAAUAACCAUUAAAUAAAAAUAAGGUUAACUGCAGAACACUAAAAUAUAGUCAUAUGCUUUUUUGUUCUUCUACAGAGCCCCUGAAGUCCUGAAGUGGCCAUUUUACAUAAUAAAGUUUUGAGCACCACAUACUAAGUGGUGAGCACUUAUGAAUAUUUGGAGUCAUGGCAGAUGGCACAAAAAAGAAUUAAAGCAAAUUAAAGAUAAUAAUGUAAGGUUUUCUGUUUAUACAGUUAUCAAAACCAUAUUUAUU